AAGGGCAGCCGCUCCCAGCCCCGCACUUCGGUAACUCUGCUCCUUUCCUCCGACUCCCACAGCAGCCUCCACCAUGUCCAUCAAGAUGAGCAAAGUGUCCUACCGCACGUCCAGCAGCGCCGCGCCCCGCAACGCCGGCUUCAGCAGCUUCUCGUACAGCGGGGCUCCGGCGGGCAGCCGGGUCAGCUCCGCGUCCUUCAGCCUGGGCUCCAGCUAUGGAGGAGGCUCCCGCUUUGGCAGCGGCUACAGGACUGCCUAUGGAGGUGCAGGUGCGGGCUCAGCUGGCAUCACUCAGGUCAGCGUUAACCGCAGCCUGCUGGCCCCUCUCAACCUGGAGAUCGACUCCAGCAUCCAGCAAGUGAGGACCCAGGAGAAGGAGCAGAUCAAGACCCUCAACAACAAAUUCGCUUCAUUCAUUGACAAGGUACGAUUCCUAGAGCAACAGAACAAGAUGCUGGAAACUAAGUGGGGCCUUCUCCAGAACCAGAAGACAACUCGCAGUAACAUGGACGGCAUGUUUGAAGCAUACAUCAACAACCUGCGCCGGCAGCUGGACAACUUGGGGCAGGAGAAGUACCGCUUGGAAUCUGAUCUUGGCAACAUGCAGGGUAUGGUGGAGGACUUCAAGAACAAAUAUGAAGAUGAAAUCAACAAACGUACUGAAAUGGAGAAUGAAUUUGUCCUACUGAAGAAGGAUGUAGAUGAGGCGUACAUGAACAAGGUGCAGCUGGAAUGCAGACUGGAGGGGCUGACGGAUGAGAUUAACUUCCUGCGCCAUCUUUAUGAGGAGGAACUUCGUGAGCUUCAGUCUCAGAUCUCUGACACUUCAGUUGUUUUGACCAUGGACAACAACCGUAGCCUGGACCUGGAUGGUAUUAUUGCUGAAGUGAAGGCUCAGUAUGAAGAUAUUGCCAACAAGAGCCGUACUGAGGUGGAGAGCAUGUACCAGCUGAAGUACCAGGAACUCCAGGCUUCAGCCGGACGCCGUGGGGAUGACCUGAAAAACACCAAAACUGAGAUUAGUGAGCUCAACCGGUACAUCACACGGCUGCAGUCUGAGAUUGACGCUCUUAAGGCACAGCGCGCAAACCUUGAAGCACAGAUUGCAGAGGCAGAGGAACGUGGAGAACUAGCACUGAAAGAUGCCCGCUCAAAAAUGUCAGAAUUGGAGGCUGCUCUUCAGAAGGCCAAGCAUGACAUGGCUCGCCAACUGAGAGAAUACCAGGAACUCAUGAAUGUCAAACUGGCUUUGGAUAUUGAGAUUGCCACAUACAGGAAACUGCUGGAAGGAGAAGAGAACAGGUUGGAAUCUGGCGUUCAGAACCUCAGUAUUCAGACCAAGACCACUGGCUACUCAGGAGUUAGUAGCGCCUACAGCGGUGGACUGUCCAGCGGAUUUGGAGGAGGAAUUGGUGGUAGAAUUGGUGGAGAAUAUGGAGGCGGAUAUGGAGGCAAUUACAUGUAUUCCAGCAGCUCCUCACCACUGGAGACAUCUAGAGUCAAACGCAGCGUAGUGGUGAAGACAGUUGAGACUAAAGAUGGAAGAGUACUGUCUGAAUCUUCAGAUGUCUUCACAAAACCAUGAGCUCCUUUAUCACAGCAGCACAGCAAUGUCCCACGGCCAGGACUUUCUCAGAUGAGCCUUCUCCAAGGCAGAAAUCAGGACUGUUGGGCUAGAUGUCUUAAAAAAAAAAUAGAUUUAACUAAUCCUGGACAUUUUUAAAACCUGGAAAAUGCUGCCCCAUCUAGUGCCAUAAGAGGCACAUUAAUUCCUGACCAUAAAUGGUGCUCUCCCAAAUGUUACUGUUUACCUGUUUCUAAAGGUGGGAGGACAGGAGAAACAUGAAUGGCCUUGUUACUCUUGAGCACAUAUUCCCGAUAACUUGUACUGAUUUCCUCCCAGCAGGCUCAACUUAAGAUGGACUUGGAUGUGGGUCCAGCUGUGCUGUCUUCUUAACCUUUCUUUCCUCUUUCUGCUUUCUAUGCCAUCCUCUAACAAACUGUUAGCAAAGUAAAUCCUCUUGCAGAGUGCCUUAUCAUCCGUCCUUGUUGGGUGGAUACUGGAAGUGCUGAUCCUGAUGGGCACCUUCCCAAAAAAAAAAAAUCUGUUAAUAAAAAUUUGUUUUUAAAAA